GACGUCUAGUCAGUCAGUAGCAGCUGACCGAUGGGAGCGUUCGGAGGGUUUCGUUCCGUAGCGCUCGCGUCCGUGCGUGUCCGCGUACGCUCGUGCGUUUUACAGUGGUGCGUCGUGGCGCGUCGCGAGUGAUCCGAGGAAUAAAUCGACGCUACGGAGGAUGAAGAAAUUUGAAGCAUCCUCGCAGCUUCUUGACUGAUUGCGAAACGGUGAAAGGCUGCACGGGACGAACCAAGACGUCGUCGACCACGGGUCACAAGUGCCACGAAAUUGCCACAAUCAACGCAACACCGGACACGAGUACACGACUCGGCGAGAUUACUGAGACGUCUCGCGACGUUUGCGGGGCAAUUUGCGGUACAAUGAUUGCGAGCCUCCGAGGAUGCAAACGAGACGACAUCCACCCUCGGGGUGCCGCCCCAAGUUGAGCGUGUCGACUGGAAGAGGUCCUGCCAACGAGAUUGCUGUUGUUUGCCAUUGUCUCGCAAUUAUCAACUAUUCCACAACCCUAUCCAGUGGUCAAAUUGGGCGAAGUCGGGGUUCACGAUAAUCCACUCGGAUAAAUUAACGGCGAGUCCAAACCUUCUGGCUUCAACCCCAUUUGAUACCUAGGCAUUUGGAAUCUUACUCUCUAUGCUCGGGCAAUAUCGUGGAUCGAUAUCUCCUUCGUAACGUGUUCUGCCAACGGGAUCGCUGUUGUUUGCCAUUGUCUCGCGAUUAUCAACUAUUCCACAACCCUAUCCAGUGGUCAAAUUGGGCGAAGUCGGAUACAAUGAGGUAGUAAAUUAUCCACGGAGCACCUGAUGAGAGGCGAUUUUUAACCCGGCGGGCGACAUGUUGUUCCUGUCGAGCCGCAGCAGCCGGAAAGGGCCCAUCGCUUGCCUGGUGGGUCUUCUCCUCCUUUUCGCCCUCUAUCAGCUGGGCAUUAUUUGCGGCUCCACCAGGUACAUGCCCACGGCCGUGAUGGUUAGCAAGGAGAAAUAUGUGGUCGGGCCGUUUGAUCGCAAGACGUACACGUACGAUCGUUACAUGCCGCUCAUUUUCAUCGGCGGUGUACCACGAUCAGGUACGACCUUGAUGCGUGCCAUGUUGGAUGCACAUCCUGACGUGAGGUGCGGACAAGAGACCAGAGUCAUCCCGCGGAUUCUCCAGAUGAAGAUGCACUGGUCGAAAUCCGAGAAGGAGAAUGUGCGACUUACCGAGGCGGGAAUCUCGAAAGAAGUGAUAGACAGCGCGAUAGCAGCCUUCUGCCUGGAGAUAAUAGCACGACACGCCGAGCCGGCGCCAAGAUUGUGCAACAAGGACCCACUCACCCUAAAAAUGGGCUCAUACAUCCUCGAACUCUUCCCGAACGCCAAAUUUAUAUUCAUGGUACGCGACGGACGCGCCACAGUGCAUUCCAUCAUAUCCAGGAAGGUCACCAUAACGGGGUUCGAUUUAUCGUCCUACCGGCAAUCUCUCAUUAGAUGGAAUCACGCAAUUUCCGUAAUGUACGGCCAAUGCAAGGAGCUAGGACCAGAAAGAUGCUUGAUGGUUCCAUACGAGCAGCUGGUACUGCAUCCACGUCAAUGGAUGAAGAAAAUACUAAAUUAUUUGGAUGUGCCGUGGAACGAGUCCGUCAUGCAUCAUGAGGAAUUUAUCAAUAAACCUGGUGGAGUGCCUCUGAGCAAGGUCGAGAGGUCGUCGGAUCAAAUUAUAAAGCCGGUGAAUCUGGCAGCGCUGACCAAAUGGGUCGGCAAUAUUCCCGAGGACGUAGUGAGAGAGAUGGCUGACAUCGCCCCGAUGCUCUCCGUGCUCGGCUACGAUCCUUACGCGAAUCCGCCCGUCUACGGCGCCCCGGAUAGUUUAGUUAGCGACAACACCAGACGGGUGUUGGCUGGCGAAAAACUCUGGGAGGAAAAGGCGCGGGCAUUUCAUCUAUCCCACAGACCGACUGAGACGAGCAACGAGGAAGCUGCUUCCAGCACGGCUCCGGUCGCGUGACCCCGCGUGAUACUUUUAGACGCGCGCAACACGUAUAAUCAACUUCUAUCCCAAGUCUAAUCCGACUUGGGACUUCCGCGUGUGCGGACUUCUCCCCUUGUAUUUUCAAAGUAAACUCGACAGUCGCGUACGACGCGACUCUUGUCGUCCCGUCGUGGAUUAAUCGUCGUGUUUUCUUAAUCUCCUUCGUUGUCGCAUCGACGACAUGCAUGGACAACGAAUUCAUCGGCGUUCGAUCAUCGCGAUGUUUAUUUAUUCGCAUCAGGCUCGCGUGUUUCGUGAAAUCAGGAGAUUUGUAAUAUUAGGUCAUGAUUAGAAAACACAAAGUGUCUUUUCAGAAAUCAGUACUUAAAGUACUGUCGGAAAUGUUUCGGAGAUAGUUUAUUAAGUGUCAAUACAGAGCUAUUAUAUCGCUGCGUAAUAAGAUAAUUUUUAAGUGUUUUUUUUAAAUGUUCAUGUUUUUAAAACAAAUAUGACUUUCUUUCAUCUUAAAAUGAGUAUAUUAACAGCUCUCAUAGUUUAUUUCUGGAACGUGCAUAUAAUGCCAAUAUAAUGUUUAAAAAUAUGAGAUAUAAUAAUAAUAUAUGAAUAGCAGAGCUAUUAUUAUAUUAAUUUGAUGCACUCAAUGCAAGAUGAAGCAUAGUUUGUAAGGUUCAUUUUAGAUAUGAUUUAUGUUAGAUUUAUGUUGUAUUUAAAUAUCUAGACUGGACCUCGCAAAUUAUUAUCGUAUCGCAUUUUUAUACAAUUUUUUUUAU